CGAAAACAAUUAACAAUCGGUGUUGAUUUGUAUACUAAAUUUGGCCGCACUGCGUGUGAUAAUUAUUUCUCACAUGAGAUUGGUGCUAACGGGCGACGGUGAGAUAACAAUUAUGGCCCUUCUGGCAACUAGGUUUUGUGAUCACGAUCGAUAAUAUAGCGCUCCCGCUCGCUCCGAUCAGUCAGUAGAAAUUUAACUAGUGAAGCGAGCAGAUCGCACUGUGAACAGUCCCGCAGAAAAGUAAUAAAGUGAAGUUUAAUUUGUUUCAAUGAAGUGUAAUUCGUAUGUUCUGAAAUAUAUUACUUACCUGUUAAACUUGGAAGAGAUUUACUUACCUGUGCUGUAGUGAUCCGAAGUACUUACCUGUGUAGAACUGUUGACCUGAAAGGUAAAAUUACUUGCCUGUUUGUGCGCGAAUCCACUGCUGGUACAUAGCGAUUUUCUGCUGCUGGCUGCUGCGACACAAGCGAUUUUCUGCUGCUGGCUGCUGCUUUUCGGUGCACCUUGAGCAUACCUGUGGAACGGCGAAUAGGGUAAUGUACCUAUUGCUGCUUGUGCCGUUCGGAAAAAUUCUGGUGGCAAAAGAAGAUAAUCACAACGUAGGGUAAGCGACAUCAUAAAUUGGUGCCGUGACCAGGAUUUUUCGUUACUCGGACCGUUUGUUCUUGACGUCGCCAUUUUGGACCCUGGUUUGAAAGCGAUACUCCAAGUUUUUGGAUCCCGAUUGCUGAUAAUUCAUUAUACAAGGCUCAAUUUAUUGGGCAUCAGGUAAAGAGCUGUCCAAUGCACUCCGCGGGUAUCACAGGUGCCCUUUAGAUGCUUUCUUUUUUCUUUGCAUGCUUUAACAAUACGAAUUGUUCCUGAUUCGGCCAUUGCUACUAUUCAUUGCGGAGCUUGGCUUGCUUCGAAGCGCCAUUUUGCUGUUGAACAAUUGGACCAUUGUUACCCGUGGCGUCCCAAGCUGCGGCGUGAAUCACUCCAGUUACACGUGGCCUGUUUUCUAUUGUUGCUGUGGUGUACCUGUUUGUUGGCCAUUCCAGUUACCAUCGGACGAUUUUGGGAGCUAUUUCUGCCUUUAUGGUUUUGUGCUCAUUCCUGCUUGAGUGUUGCGCGUGAUUCGGCAGUUUCGGAGGAUUUUGGCUCGGUUGGUGUUGCGGCAGGUUCCAGUUGGCUGUAUAUAAUACAAGGCAUUGCUUGCCUUGGAACAGUAUUCAACGUUCUGCUUCAUACAAUGGCGGAGGAGCAUUCCAGAAACCAGCUGCUUCACCGACGAGAAACUCUUCUGGCUGCUCUGGGUCGGGCAGAGGAUUUUGAUGCAGCAUACGAUGCACAUCGUGAUCAGGGUCAGGUAUCAUUGAGGCUGGAAUACCUGAACGGAGUAUGGAGCAACCUCGAGUCGGUACAGGCACAGCUUGAGGACAUCGAGAUUACCGAUGAAGGUAGGACAGAGCAUGCAGCUGUUCGAGCUGAAUUUGAACCACGUCUGUUUACAAUAAAGGCAAGUCUUAUGUCAAAACUUUCUCCUAUUCCUAAUGAUCGUAGCCCUGUACCCCCUCACGUUUCUUCCACUCUCUCUGGUAUCAAGUUGCCAACGAUUUCUUUGCCCGAAUUCGAUGGAGAUUAUAUGCAAUGGCUUGCAUUCCACGAUACAUUCUUGGCGCUUAUCCAUUCUAAUCCGGAUGUCCCGGAUAUUCAGAAAUUUCAUUAUCUGCGGGCGGCUAUCAAGGGCGAAGCUGCUCAAUUGAUUGAAUCCAUUGGAAUUAGUUCUGCCAACUACCUGCUAGCUUGGCAAACAUUGGAAAAUCGAUAUUCGAAUGAUUACCUUUUACGGAAACGUCAUCUUCAGGCACUCUUCGACAUCCCACGCAUGAAGAAGGAGUCCGCUGCCUCGUUACACGGGCUGGUUGAUGAGUUCGAGCGGCAUACAAAGAUUUUGCAUCAACUGGGAGAGCCUACCGAUACUUGGAGCAGCAUUCUGGAGCAUCUACUGUGUAUGCGCUUACACGACGACACGUUGAAGGCGUGGGAGGAUCAUGCGUCGACCGUAGCGAACCCGGACUACGCCUGCAUCAUUGAUUUCCUGCAACGAAGAACUCGGGUGCUGGAAUCAAUCUCCGUCAACCACCACUCAACAGAUUCAGCUUCAAGUUCUGGCAGUUCAUCUCAUACACUAAAAAGGAACCAUUUCCAUUCACAGUUUCGCCUUACUUCGUGUGCCUCUACUGCUGGUUCUGGGGAAAAGUGCAUUGCUUGUAGCCAAUCGCAUUCCUUAGUGAAAUGCCAGAAAUUUAUUCGUUUAUCAACAAAUGAACGUCAACAGUUUGUCAUUUCGAAACGCUUAUGCCACAACUGCUUGAAAAUUGGUCAUUUUGUUCGCAAUUGUCCCUCCAAAUUCAGCUGUCGUAAGUGCAACAGUCGUCAUCACACGCUUCUGCAUUUCGGUCAGCCAGACAGUUCUCCAAGAAGCAAUAGGGAAGGAAUUUCGUCUAGCGCAAGUGCUACCGCCUCUGGUACGCCAUCUAGUGGGCCUUCUACGAGUGAAUUGUCUACACAGUUAACUGUUGCCGCUACUAAAGAUACACCAUACUGA